AUGAUGGGUAUAAGUAAUAUGACUUCUGAGAACAAUUUCAUUCUAAAGGGCUUUUCUAAUUGGCCCAACCUGGAACUCAUUCUCUUUGUGGUCAUCUUGAUCUUCUACUUGCUGACGCUGAUAGGCAACCUGUUCAUCAUCAUCCUAUCAUACCUGGACUCCAACCUCCACACUCCCAUGUACUUCUUCCUCUCAAACCUCUCUUUUCUGGAUCUCUGCUACACCACAAGCUCCAUCCCCCAGUUGUUGUUCAACCUCUGGGGCCCAGACAAGACCAUUUCUUAUGCUGGCUGCAUGAUUCAGCUCUACUUUGUCCUUGCUCUGGGAAGCACCGAGUGUGUGCUGUUGGUGGUGAUGUCCUAUGAUCGCUAUGCAGCUGUGUGCAAACCCUUGCAUUACACUGUCCUCAUGCACCCUCGCUUCUGCCACCUGCUGGCUGUAGCCUCCUGGGUAAGUGGUUUUACUGACUCAGCACUGCAUUCCCUCCUUACCUUCUGGGUGCCCCUGUGUGGACAUCGCCAAGUGGAUCACUUUUUCUGUGAAGUUCCAGCUCUGUUGCAAUUAGCCUGUGUAGAUACUCAUGCUAAUCAGAUGACUCUGCUGGUCACAAGCUCUAUUUUUGUCCUCAUACCACUCAUCCUCAUUCUAACAUCCUAUGGUGCCAUUGCCCGGGCUGUACUGAGUAUGCAAUCAACCAGUGGGCGUCAGAAAGUCUUUGGGACCUGUGGAGCCCAUCUCAUGGUGGUGUCCCUCUUUUUUAUUCCAGCCAUGUGUAUCUAUCUCCAGCCUCCAACAGAAAAUUCUCAAGACCAAGGCAAGUUCAUUGCCUUAUUUUAUACUGUUGUCACACCUAGCCUCAACCCUCUCAUCUACACGCUCAGAAACAAAGACGUAAGAGAGGCAGUAAGGAGAUUGAUGGGAUAA